AUGAGUCGACACUUUAGUUCCAGGUCUGGGUUCCGGAGCGGAGGGGGCUUCAGCUCUGGCUCUGCCGGGCUGGUCAGCUUCCAGCGCAGGACCACUAGCAGCUCUGUGCGCCACAGUGGAGGAGGUGGCGGGAGAUUUUCAGGAGGAAGAUGCGGAGGCGGUGGCGGAGGGGGUGCUGGUGGCGGUGGGUUUGGAAGUCGAAGUCUUGUCAACCUUGGUGGCAGUAAAAGCAUCUCCAUAAGUGUGGCCGGAGGAGGAGGGGGACGUGGUGGUUUUGGUGGUGGCUAUGGUGGCGGUGGCUUUGGGGGUGGUGGUUUUGGUGGUGGCUCUGGAGGUUUUGGCCUUGGAGGUGGUUUUGGUGGAGGUGGUUUUGGUGGAGGCGGCUUUGGUGGAGGCGGCUUUGGUGGAGGUGGUUUUGGCGGAGGUAGUUUUGGGCCUGUCUGCCCCCCUGGUGGCAUACAGGAAGUCACCAUCAACCAGAGCCUUCUCCAACCCCUCAAUGUGGAGAUUGACCCUGAGAUCCAAAAAGUGAAGACUCGAGAAAGGGAGCAAAUCAAGUCACUCAACAACCAAUUCGCCUCCUUCAUUGACAAGGUGCGGUUCCUGGAGCAGCAGAACCAGGUGCUGCAAACAAAAUGGGAGCUGCUGCAGCAGGUAGACACCUCCACUCGGACCCACAGUUUAGAGCCCUACUUUGAAAACUACAUCAGCAAUCUUAGAAGGAGAGUGGACCAACUGAAGAGUGACCAGUCUCGGAUGGAUUCAGAAUUGAAGAACAUGCAAGACCUGGUGGAAGAUUACCGGAACAAGUAUGAGGAUGAGAUAAACAAGCGGACAAAUGCAGAAAAUGAAUUUGUGACCAUCAAGAAGGAUGUGGAUGCUGCUUUUAUGAACAAGGUGGACCUUCAGGCCAAGGUUGACAACUUGCAGCAGGAAAUUGACUUCCUCACAACACUCUACCAGGCAGAACUGUCCCAGAUGCAGACUCAGAUCAGCGAAACCAAUGUCAUCCUGUCCAUGGACAACAACCGCAGCCUGGACCUGGACAGCAUCAUCUCUGAGGUCAAAGCCCAGUAUGAGGAGAUCGCCCAGAAGAGCAAGGCUGAAGCCGAGGCGCUGUACCAGACCAAGUAUGAAGAGCUCCAGAUAACCGCUGGUAAACAUGGGGACAAUCUGAAAAGUACAAAGAUGGAGAUUUCAGAGCUGAAUCGGGUGGCCCAGAGACUUCGAUCCGAAAUUGAUAGUGUCAAGAAGCAGAUCUCCGCGCUACAGCAGUCCAUCAGUGAUGCUGAGCAGCGUGGUGAGAAUGCCCUCAAAGACGCCCAGAGCAAGCUGGCCGAGCUGGAAGAUGCCCUGCAGAAGGCCAAGGAGGACAUGGCCCGCCUGCUGCGUGACUACCAGGAGCUGAUGAACACCAAACUGGCCCUGGAUAUGGAGAUUGCCACCUACAGAACCCUUCUGGAAGGAGAGGAAAGCAGGAUGUCUGGAGAGUGUGCCCCGAACGUGAGCGUAUCUGUGAACACCAGCCACACCACCAUCAGUGGAGGCGGUGGCCGAGGAGGCGGCGGUUUCGGCUCCGGAGGUGGCGGCGGCGGCUACGGUGGUGGCAGUUAUGGCUCUGGAGGUGGCAGCUACGGCUCCGGAGGUGGCGGCGGUGGCAGCUACGGCUCCGGAGGUGGCGGCGGCGGCGGCUACGGCUCCAGUAGCAGCAGUGGGGGCCACAGAGGCGGCUCUGGAGGGGGCAGCCGGUCCGGUGGGAGCUCUGGGGGCCGGGGAUCCAGCUCUGGGGGCAUCAAGACCUCUAGUGGCAGUUCCAGCGUGAAGUUUGUUUCCACCAGCUAUUCCAGAGCAGUCAGAUAA